AUGACUAUCCAUAGUCCUGUCACCAUCCACUGUGUUUGUAUAGAUUAUGACGGCAAACGCAUUGGUCCGGUUUCGAAGCGUUUCACAAUACAACAGUAUGAAGGAGAAUAUAAUGUCACCUCACUGCCAGUGUAUCCACUCCGUUUCCGAAAGGAGAUGAAUCGUGAAGGGCUGAUUCGCUAG